CAAAAAGCUCAAGCACCACCACGCCAGACUCGCCCACAGUCGCUCGCAUCAUUGCCAGUUUUGUAGUGCAGCCAUCCGUACCGCUCUCAUUCAUCGCUGUGACAAUUGUCUUUGCAUCAACCCAUCCGUAAGGUGCUCAUCAACCACAGCACUCAGUCAGACUGCAACAAGUACAAAACAGCGUGCACCAGUCAGCACUGCAAGCUUACAGCACGGAUAGACUCAACACACAUAUAUCAUCAAUAUGCGCCAUCUUGCAUUAUUCAUCGGCGCCGCCGCAGCAUUUGCACCGCCGCAUGCCGUCGUCGCGCGCCAGGCGUGUGUCGUGCACAAUGGUGACGAGUGCACUCAUGAGGGAGUUGAUGCCUACGCGGCGGUGCAGUUCGAGUCGACGAAGCCGUCGCUGCGGACGUUCUUGAAGCUCUGGCUCAUGGGAGGACCGGUCCGAGGCUGGCGCGGCGUCGGCGAGUUGAAGGCUGUCCAGGACGACUCCGGCGCGACGGCCGAGAUCUUCGUCGAGCCGGAGACGAAUAGAGUAGGCCUAAUCGCCGAUGAUGGCGGCGGCAUGGAGCUCGGGAAGACCGUGCAGUUGUCCGUGCUCGCCCACGCGCUGUACGACGAGCUGAAGGACAUCGCGGGCGGGCCCGAGGUCGCCGAGGUCGAGCCCGCGAACCGGUUGUGCUAUCCUCCGUCCGCGGUCGACGCAACGAGGGAGCAGCUUCCGCUGCCGCAGAGGCCUGAAUAACAGUUAAAUACUUACGAG